AUGGCUGCUCAACUCACUUAUUUUGUCGGAUCUCAUGUUUGGGUUGAGGACCCUGAUCAAGCUUGGUUAGAUGGAGAAAUCCUUGAAUCUAAAGAUAAUGAAAUCACCGUUAGCUUUGAAUCAGGAACAAAGGUUGUGAGCAAAUCAGCUAAUAUUUACCCGAAAGAUCCUGAGUUUCCACCUAACGGCGUAGAAGAUAUGACAAGACUUGCAUAUCUGCACGAACCGGGAGUACUUCAAAAUUUGCAAAUUCGUUAUACCCUGAAUGAUAUAUAUACAUACACGGGAAACAUAUUGAUAGCAGUGAACCCUUUUCAAAGGUUGCCUCAUUUGUAUGCAACUAGUACAAUGGCAAAGUAUAAAGGCGCGUCUUUUGGUGAGCAGAGUCCACAUCCUUUUGCAAUUGCAGGUUAUGCAUAUAGGAAGAUGAUAAAUGAAGAAAAAAGCCAAGCAAUUUUGGUUAGUGGAGAAAGUGGAGCUGGUAAAACCGAAAGUACAAAGAUGCUUAUGCAUUAUCUUGCCUAUUUGGGAGGGAGAGCGGCAACUGAGGGACGGUCUGUGGAGCAACAAGUUCUCGAGUCCAAUCCUGUUUUAGAAGCAUUCGGGAAUGCAAAGACGCUUAGGAAUAAUAAUUCAAGUCGUUUUGGUAAGUUUGUGGAGAUUCAGUUUGAUCAAAAGGGGAGAAUUUCAGGAGCUGCUAUCAGAACUUAUUUGCUAGAACGAUCACGUGUUUGUCAAGUUUCUGAUCCCGAGAGAAAUUAUCAUUGCUUUUAUAUGCUUUGUGCUGCACCAAAAGAGGAUGUUGAACGGUUCAAAUUGGGAAAUCCAAGAACCUUUCAUUAUCUUAAUCAAUCAAAUUGCUAUGAACUGGAUGCAUUGGAUGAUUCAAAGGAGUAUCUUGCAACAAGGAGAGCCAUGGAAGUUGUUGGAAUCAGCGCUGAUGAAACAGAUGCUAUAUUUCGAAUAGUAGCCGCUGUACUUCAUUUAGGAAACAUUGAAUUUGUCAAGGCAGUGGAUGAAGGAAUGGAUUCCUCUAAACCAAAAGACGAAAAAUCUUAUUUCCAUCUAAAAACCGCGGCUGAACUUUUGAUGUGCGAUGUAAAGUCCCUUGAAGACUCUUUUUGCAAACGCCUUAUGGUGACUCGUGGCGAGGCUAUAACAAAAUGCCUUGAUCCAAACUCUGCAGCUCUCAGUAGAGAUGCAUUGGCUAAAAUUGUUUAUUCAAGGCUUUUUGACUGGAUUGUGGACAAGAUUAACAACUCUAUUGGACAAGAUCCAACUUCAAAGAACUUAAUUGGAGUUCUAGAUAUAUACGGAUUCGAGAGUUUCAAGACAAACAGCUUCGAGCAAUUUUGUAUCAAUUUGACAAAUGAGAAGUUACAGCAACAUUUCAACCAGCAUGUCUUCAAAAUGGAGCAAGAGGAAUAUACAAAGGAAGAAAUCGAUUGGAGUUAUAUAGAGUUCGUUGAUAAUCAAGAUGUUCUUGAUCUUAUCGAGAAGAAACCUGGUGGUGUUAUUGCUCUUCUGGAUGAGGCCUGUAUGUUUCCAAGAUCAACGCACGAAACAUUUGCUGAAAAGCUAUAUCAAACACUUAGGGACAAUAAGCGAUUCAGCAAACCGAAAUUGUCACGAACUGACUUCACCAUCAAUCACUAUGCUGGUGAUGUCACUUAUCAAACUGAUCUUUUCCUUGAUAAAAACAAAGACUACGUUGUUCCGGAACACGCUGCGCUGCUCAGUGCUUCCAAGUGCUCCUUUGUUUCAGGACUUUUCCCACCUUUACAUGAGGAAUCUACUAAAUCAACCAAGUUUUCUUCUAUAGCCACUCAGUUUAAGCAACAACUGCAAUCUUUGCUUGAAACAUUGAAUGCGACUGAGCCACACUACAUUCGUUGCGUAAAGCCAAAUAAUCUUCUUAAGCCGGGGAUAUUUGAGAACAACGAUGUGCUACAGCAGCUUCGAUGUGGGGGAGUAAUGGAGGCAAUUAGGAUAAGUUGUGCUGGAUAUCCAACUCGAAAGAACUUUGAUGAAUUUGUUCAGCGGUUUAGUAUCUUGGAACCUAAGGUUCUAAAAUCAUGCCCUGAUGAGAUGACUGCUUGCAAGAGGCUUCUCGGUAAAGCAAACCUUAAAGAUUAUCAGAUAGGAAAGACAAAAGUUUUUCUGAGAGCAGGUCAAAUGGCAGAACUAGAUGCAUGUCGUGCCGAGGUCCUAGGAAGAUCCGCAAUCAUUAUUCAGAAAAAAGGUCGCACAUAUAUUUGUCAGAAACAGUACAAUUUAUUGCGAUUCUCUGCCAUAGAACUGCAAAGGGCUAUUAGAGGACAACUUGCAAGACGUCAGUAUGAAUGCUUGAGAAGGGAUGCCGCAUCUUUGAUAAUCCAGAAACAAAUCCGCAUGUAUCUUUCGAGAAGUGCUUAUAAAACUAAAUACUCCAAAGCAGUUUGUAUUCAAACCGGCAUGCGAGGAAUGGCAGCUAGAAAUGAACUUCGAUUCAGGAAGCGGACACACGCUGCAACUGUUAUUCAGGGUUACUACAGAUGUUAUUUAGCUUGUAAUUAUUUCAAAAGGCUAAAGAAAGCAACAAUUGCAGUGCAAUGCUCCUGGAGGAGAACAAAUGCACGAAGAGAACUUCGAAAGCUUAAAAUGGCUGCUAAGGAAUCUAAGGCCCUAGAAGCCGCGAAAAUUCAUCUAGAAAAGCAAGUUGAGGAACUAUCUGAGUGUCUAGAGACAGAAAAGAGAAUGAGGGAAGCCAAGACACAGGAAAAUGAAAAAUUACAAUGUGCUUUGGAAGAGAUGGAGCUUCAGUUCAAAGAAACUAAAGCGGAGCUCAUUCAGGAACGCGAGGCUGCAAAGAAAUUGGCUGAGCAAAUUCCAACUAUACAGGAAAAAAGCGUUGCUGAUAAUGAAUUGAUCGAUAAGCUUACUGCAGAAAAUGAACAACUCAAGGAGCUUGUUAACUCAUUGGAAAAGAAAACUAAACAGGAGCUUUCUGAUAAUGUUACCCACAAUGAACUGGUUAAUAAGCUUACUACAGAAAAUGAACAACUCAAGGAGCUAGUUAGUUCAUUGGAAAAGAAAACUGAACAUGAGUUUCCUGCUAGUUUUACCGAUAAUGAAGUGAUUAAUAAGCUUACUACGGAAAAUGAACAGCUCAAAGAGCUAGUUAAUUCAUUGGAAAAGAAAACUAAAGAGGAGUUUCCUGCUAAUUUUACUGAAAAUGAAGUGAUUAGUAAGCUUACUACAGAAAAUGAACAGCUCAAUGAGCUGGUUAGUUCAUUGGAAAAGAAAACUAAAGAGGAGUUUCCUGCUAGUUUUACCGACAAUGAAGUGAUUAAUAAGCUUACUACAGAAAAUGAACAGCUCAAAAAGCUGGUUAGUUCAUUGGAAAAGAAAACUGAACAUGAGUUUCCUGCUAAUUUUACGGAAAAUGAAGUGAUUAAUAAGCUUACUACAGAAAAUGAACAGCUCAAAGAGCUGGUUAGUUCAUUAGAAAAGAAAACUAAAGAGGAGUUUCCUGCUAGUUUUACCGAUAAUGAAGUGAUUAAUAAGCUUACUACAGAAAAUGAACAGCUCAAAGAGCUGGUUAGUUCAUUGGAAAAGAAAACUAAAGAGGAGUUUCCUGCUAGUUUUACCGACAAUGAAGUGAUUAAUAAGCUUAGAGAAGAAAAGGAACAUUUUAAGGAUCAGGUUAGUUCAUUGGAAAGGAAAAUUGAUGAGACAGAAAAGAAAUACGAAGAAAGCAGCACGAUUAGCGAGGAGCGGAUGAAUCAAAUUAUAGAAACGGAAUCAAAGAUGAUUGAGAUAAAGACGAAUAUGCAAAGGCUUGAAGAAAAGCUUUCUGAUAUGGAAACCGAGAAUCAAAUUUUUCGGAAGCAAGCACUGUUGACCUCAUCAUCCAAGAGAAUGACAGACAAGUUAACACCUGCUGCAAUUCCGCCUUUGGAAAAUGGUCAUCAGAUGUCAGUGAAAACACUUGGUUCAGAAGCUGUGAGGAGAUCGCAUAUGGAGAGGCAUCAAGAGAGUGUAGAUGCUCUUUUCAAGUGUGUGAUAAAAGAUCUCGGGUUCUCUGAAGGGAAACCUGUCGCGGCAUUUACCCUUUAUAAUUGUUUGCUACAUUGGAAAUCUUUUGAAGCAGAUAAGACAAGUAUAUUUGAUCGUCUUAUUCAGCUGAUCGGUUCUGCAAUAGAGGAUCAGGAUAAUAACAAUUGUAUGGCUUAUUGGCUGUCCAAUACAUCGGCUUUGUUUUUUCACCUUCAACGAUGUUUAAGAGCACCGGCGCGAAAACCUCCCACUCCAACAGGGUUUUUUGGGAGGAUGACUCAGGGUUUCCGCUCGUCAAAUAGUCUUUCGAGCGGUUCGUUUGAUGUAGAACAUCAAGUUGAAGCAAAGUAUCCGGCUUUGCUUUUCAAGCAACAGCUUGCAGCUUAUGUGGAAAAGAUAUAUGGAAUCGUUCGAGAAAAUAUGAAGAAAGAAUUGUCCCCUCUACUUUCUACUUGCAUAGAGGAGCACAGAACACGAAAAGACAACAGCCAAACAGCUGGUUCAUGGCUCAACAUUAUUGAAUGUCUUAAUAAAUUUCUCAAGAUUCUAAAAGAAAAUUAUGUGCCUCCCAUUCUAAUUCAAAAGGUAUUUAAUCAGACGUUUCAAUAUAUCAACGCCGAAAUAUUUAACAGCCUUCUAUUGCAUAAAGAAUGCUGCACAUUCGACAACGAGGAAUAUAUAAAAUCAGGGUUAGCUGAACUAGAAUUAUGGUGCAUUGAAGUAACCGAAGAGUAUGCUGGCUCAUCUUUGGAUGAACUCAACCAUUCGAAACAAGCAGUUAGAUUCUUGGUUGCUCAAGAGAAGGAUGAAAUAUCCUAUGAUGAUCUCACAAAUGACAUCUGCCCUGUCUUGAGUUCUCAACAGCUUUAUAGACUAUGUACACUAAACUCGGAUGAAAAUGAAAAUGAGAACACGAAAAGUGUAUCAACAGAUGUAACUACUAGAUUAAAGCUGCUAAUGACAGAUGAUGUAGGUGAUGAUGACAAAUCCUUCUUGUUGGAAGACAAUUCAAGUCUUCCUAUUAUUGUUGAAGAGGUUUCUCAUUCUCAAAAAGACAAGACAAUUCCGAAAGUAAAUCCUCCUGCAGAAUUACUCGAGAGUCCGGCCUUCCAAUUUUUGCAUGAUUAUUCUUGA